AUGUUAGUUUAUCAUCAUUUAACUGAAUAUGAUCUUGCAUUAGAAUAUUGUAAUCGACCAUUAAAAACUUAUGAAAAUAUUCUUCCACUUCAACAUUCUCUCAUUUCAAUGACAUCAGAAAAUAUUGCAAAUAUAUAUUAUAAUAAAGGAGAUUUUCGUCAAGCUCUUAAAUAUUUUGAAAAAGCAGCUAAGAUUUAUUAUCAUAUUUUACCUUCAACAUCUUCUGAUGUUUUACAAAUUCGAAUGAUUAUUAAAAAUAUUCAAGCAAAAAUCUAA